AUGAUCGAAACAUUCCAUCCCUUCCCAAGGCUGCCCGAAGAGCUCAGAUUAUACAUCUGGGAGAUGGUGCGGCCCCGGAAGCAAAAGAAUCCCUCGUCCUACUUCUCCGACUUUGGCAUGUGGAUGGCCUGCAAGGAAUCGAGAGCCGUCGUCACCAGCCGACUUGCAAAGCGAUACGAAGGCCAGGGUCGAACCUAUCGGGAUACUGUCAAGCUGCGACACGACCAAGAAAACAUCACCUUCGGUCUCGAUCGGGAAGACCUCAUCUGCAUGCAAGUUCCAGACCCUGGAGUCUCGGACCCGUCGACCAUUCGGCCUCCCUACCAACUCGACUUUGAUUUGCCAAUAACAGAACCAUGGCACAUUGCGUUCGAACAUGACGCGUCCUGGAGCUUCACCGACUGGGGAGACCUCACCCUGUACCAAAUGAGGGGUGAAGAAGGCCCACGAGGGGCCUUUCUGAGAACCCUUGAGGAGGUGAUCAAAAGCAGCCUACAUUGCCGGCUUUACCUUAUUCAAUAUGGUGCGAAGAUGAAGCCCGGCAAGUCCCCGAUCGAGGGGUUUUACGGUGAUGGGUUCCACUUGGCACUCGUCGACGAAGGAGAUGUCGAGAUUGAACGUCCGAGUGGCUUCCAGAAUGCUUGGGACUUCAUGUGGAAUGUGGACAACUGGAGCGAUGGCAUUUGGGAAGGGCUGAAAGAUGAGGAGCAACGGCACUGCAGUUUCUGUUGCUCCGUCCCAAUAAUGGCAGGCAUGCAUGUGGAUAUAUUGAUUUAUGAGGAGAUUUGA